UUCGUGGUAUCAAGUCCUGCGGGCAAGUCCUAAAAGUAGCUCGGAUACGUCCUUUGAGAUCUUUUUAUUUUUUUUAUUUGUCAUGUGGACUGCUUUGCCUGAGAUGUGUUACAACAGGAGGUAACAGUGAGACUCACGCCCGCGCUUAACGAAUAAAACGGUGGAGCUGCGUGUCCUCUCCAAAGGUCACUCGGAUGGGAUUUAGGCGGCCGUUAUUUGCACCAAGCUUUGCUCGGAGUGAACGCAGACCUGACCUGGCUUUCUUGUGAUUUUGGAUAUUUUGCGGUUUCCCAAUCGUUGGAUUUGCUUUACAAGCGAAUGUGACUUCAGCCGAGGUGAAAUAAGAGCAGUGACAGCGCGCUUUGGUCUUUGGUCUUCAGCCCCCGUCUCUGUAGAGCGAUGGCGGCGCCGACGGCUCCUUCCUCCUCCUCCUCCUCCUCUUGCGGCGGCGAGCCCAACCCCAACACGACAAAUUUACGGCCACCUGCGUCAAGCUAUGAUUGGACUGGGGUUGCACACGGAUGUACGAGAAAGCUCGGGAUGAAGAUAUGUGGAUUUUUGCAAAAGAACAACAAUCUUGAUGAAAAGAGUCGGAUUGUGGCUUCUCUGAAUGAACAGUCAUCACCACAGAAGCUCGGUUUACAGGACUCACGCUUCCGGCGUGAUGACACAGACUUCUCCAACCUGUAUGCAAGGGAUUUACUGCCUGCCAAGAAUGGUGAAGAGCCUACAAUCCAGUUCCUACUGGAAGUGGUGGAAAUUCUCACAAACUAUGUACGGAAGACAUUUGACAGAUCCACGAAAGUGCUGGACUUCCACCAUCCACACCAGCUCCUGGAGGGUAUAGAGGGCUUUAACUUGGAGCUCGCAGACCAGCCCGAGAGCCUGGAGCAGAUUCUUGUAGACUGCAGAGACACACUCAAAUAUGGUGUCAGGACAGGUCAUCCCAGGUUUUUUAACCAACUGUCUACUGGGCUGGACAUCAUUGGCUUGGCUGGGGAAUGGCUCACCUCAACUGCAAACACUAAUAUGUUCACAUAUGAAAUUGCUCCAGUGUUUGUGUUGAUGGAACAGCUGACUCUGAAAAAAAUGAGGGAGAUUGUUGGCUGGCCAAAUGGAGAAGGAGAUGGAAUAUUCUCCCCAGGAGGAGCGAUCUCUAACAUGUACAGUGUGAUGAUAGCUCGCUAUAAGCACUUCCCUGAAGUGAAGACUAAAGGCAUGACUGCAGCCCCAAGGCUCGUGUUGUUCACUUCUGAACAUAGUCAUUACUCCAUAAAAAAAGCCAGUGCAGUUCUCGGCUUUGGGACAGAGAACCUGAUUCUGCUGAGUACAGAUGAGAGAGGUAGAGUCAUUCCUGCUGAUUUGGAGGCCAAGGUUGUUGAUGCCAAAUGCAAGGGCUACGUUCCAUUUUUUGUGAGUGCCACAGCCGGUACUACAGUUUACGGUGCUUUCGACCCCAUCAGCGAGAUUGCAGAUAUCUGUGAGAAAUAUAACAUGUGGCUCCAUGUGGAUGGAGCAUGGGGAGGUGGACUGUUGAUGUCCAGAAAGCACAGGCACAAACUUAAUGGCAUUGAGAGGGCAAAUUCUGUUACAUGGAAUCCUCACAAGAUGAUGGGCGUUCCACUACAGUGCUCUGCCAUUCUGGUCAGAGAGAAGGGACUUCUCCAGGGCUGCAACUCUAUGUGUGCUGGCUAUCUUUUCCAACCUGAUAAACAGUAUGAUGUCUCCUAUGAUACUGGAGACAAGGCCAUACAGUGCGGCCGGCAUGUGGACAUCUUCAAGUUCUGGCUCAUGUGGAAGGCAAAGGGUACCAUUGGAUUCGAAAAGCAUAUAGACCGGUGUCUGGAGCUCUCAGAGUAUCUCUAUACAAAGAUCAAAAAUAGAGAAGGCUUUGAGAUGGUGUUCCAGGGACAGCCUCAGCAUACUAAUGUGUGCUUCUGGUAUAUUCCACCGAGCCUGCGUGGCAUGCCAGAUAAAGAGGAGAGGAGGCAGAGGCUCCAUAAGGUGGCUCCUAAAAUCAAGGCAAUGAUGAUGGAGUGUGGCUCAACAAUGGUUGGCUACCAGCCUCAAGGUGACAAGGUCAACUUCUUCAGGAUGGUCAUUUCCAACCCUGCUGCCACCAGGUCAGAUAUCGACUUCCUGGUCGAUGAGAUUGAAAGACUGGGCCUGGAUUUAUAAGAAGUGCAAUGAUAUUUUAACUGGCCAAUGUUCAUUGAAGAAUAAUAUACAUCCCUGUACAAGCCCAAACAAUUUCACAAAGCAUUAGAGCUGUGAUAGCAAAACAGAGUUGUGGUAUGGGGUUACAGUCUUGCCAUCACUCAAAUUACUUUUAUUAAUCCACCUUGGAGUCAUGUGACACAUGGUCUUGAUAACAGCAUUUUGUGAUCAUACUAUUAAAAGAUUUUAUCUGUUUGAAGAACAGCUUGAACCUUAAUGAAGGUCACAAUUUCAUCAAACUAUUCUGUUAAAACAGUACAAAUGAUGGCAUUGAUGAACCAUAAUGCUGGCAGUGCUGAGGUUUUGAGUCGAACAUAAAGUUAACACUAAAUAAAAACUUUCUAUGUUCCAUCACGGUGCUGUCAGUGAAGGUGAAGUCAUAUCAGAGCUUGUGAUCUGGGAGUAUAGCAAUUAAAAGGGAAGAUAACAGCACCUGAAAAUCUCAAAAAUCUUUCAGUGGCAUGUCCUUAUUCAAGAUGUUAGUCAUAGGACCUCUUCAUUCUAUCCUCAUUGUAUCUAUCAAUUAUGUGAACUAUAUUUGAUGAUGCAAUAUAAUGAAAUGUCGCACAUUAAUUUCAGAUUUCUU